AUGGACGACUACGACAUGUACAGCGAUGGUCAGUCAUCAAUAAUCCCACAGGAAUUCUCGACAUUCGAGUCCAAUGAACCGGCGAUACCGAAAGAAAUCAACUACCGCGGACAAACCGUUGUCGGAUUCGAUCUACGCGGCACUGAUAUGCUAUGCUUACCACAGGUCUACGAGCUCUUUCUCAAGAACAUGGUUGGCGGCCUACAUACAGUUUAUACAAAGCUCAAAAGAUUGGAAAUAACACCAAUCAUAUGCAAUGUUGAACAGGUACGAGCUCUACGCAGUAAGAACGCUAUUCAGCCAGGUGUGAAUCGCUGCAAAUUGAUAGCGGCCACCGAUUUUGAUCGCCUUUAUGACGACUGCACGAACACAUGCACUCGCCCUGGUCGUCCACCUAAACGCACCUCUGCCGUUGAAGAGUGGGUCGCAAAACGUGACAAAUUCGAAGAGCACCAGACACAAUGUGGAAACGAGUCCGAUUUUGGUGUCGCGCCAUGCACAACGCAAAUGAAUCCACUUUUCCUUGGACAGUUGUUACCACAAUUCAGUGCACAACAACUUCUCGUCCAACAUAUGAUGGUAUUAGCCGCUGCGCAGAAACAGCCAGAGAUGUACACUCCAUCAUCCAUGGCAUCCAUGACAAUAUCAGCUGACGCCGAUGUCGAAGGUGCACCGUUGAAUUUGUCGAAGUCAAACUCGAAUUCUGAGACCAGUGACAGUGACUCAUUGGAGAAUAUACGAAAUAGAAAGCGAUAUAUCUACUUCCGCCGCUAUUGCAAAGCCAGACGUGAAAUGAGUCUGCUAAAGGAGCAGAUGUCGGAGACCAGAGGCGGUUCAUCGAAUUCGAAUUCAACAGCCUAA